ACAAAGAUGAGCGUCAAUAAAAUAAUGAGUGAGCGAGCAAACAAAAUCUAGUUCCAAGCGUCGUCAUACUACAAGUAGCUGUUGUUUUUACUUGUUUAAUCUUGAACCAAAAAACAAACCACGAUGAAGCUGUCUAGAUUUGCAACCCUUGCCUUCCUCUCUCUCAUCUCGGUGGAGUCGUCGACUGCAUUUGCGCCUCCAUCUAGCAUCCGUCAGACUGUUGUUCGAACGCAAUAUUCUUCUACGUUGCCCUCUGCAUCGGAAGCAAGCACAGAUGCCACCGGUGUGAACAGUUCAGAUGAUCCGUUGGGUUUGACUGCAGAAUUGAGGCGUUUGACGGAUGCCUUUCAAAAUAUUGGCGACGACAAACUGCGCUACAAGCAAUUGUUGUACAUGGCCAGCAAUGGAUUGGAUGACAUGCCAGAAGAGUUGAAAGUGGAAGAAAACAAGGUUUUGGGAUGCCUGUCUACCGUCCAUGUGCAUGCCACUCUUGAUAAAAACGAUUUGGUUCAAUUCACUGGUGAUUCGGAUGGCUUGUUGACCAAAGGAUUGGUGGCCUUGUUGGUUAGAGGAUUGUCGGGAAGCACGGCGGAUGAUAUUCAAAUGGUGGACCCCAGUUUCAUUCAAACUGCUGGGAUUGCUCAAUCGUUGACCCCUGGACGCAACAAUGGCUUUCUCAACAUGCUUGCCUUGAUGAAGAAGAAGGCUUUGGAGGCAACCACUGACACAGCAGCUGAAGAAACCGACGAGAGUGUCGAUGAUGGACCCGUCGAUGACAGUCGCCCCAUGUACAAUGGGAUUGUGUCGAAAUUACAGGCAUUGAAACCCACUCAGUUGGACCUGGUAGACAAUUCACAUGAACAUGCUGGCCAUGCUGGGAAUACUGGAAAUGGCAGUGAAUCCCAUUUUCAGCUAUCCAUUGUAGCCGACGCCUUUGAUGGACUCAAUUUGGUCAAACGGCAUCAACUCAUCUACAUGAUGCUCGGAGAUCUCAUGCCACAAAUCCAUGCCCUUCAAAUACAGGCACAGACACCAGAAGAAGCAGGAAACUAACUAAGCAGAGAGAAGCAACCUAUCUGACAAAAGAACGAGAAGGGUAUGACAUUGUGUCAGGCCAUGGAAUCGAAUCUGUUGAAUUGGAAACUGGGAUGAAAAGGACAGCAGCUACCGGUACCAAAGUUGGACACAAUCUACCCAAUCAGCUGCAAACUAGAAGAUGUACAUAAAAUAAACAGAUAUCUAUUGAAGUAGCAUGGUGACGAUUCAUCCUUCUGUGCGAGCUAGCAUCUAGAUUAUGGAGUGAUCUGGCAC